AGAGACUGGCCCCCUCCCCUCCCCUCGGCUAGAGUGCGCGAACGAGAAAGGAGGAGGGCGCUCCAGCCGACAGCACUGCAGUCGCCAUUAUCCUCUGUUUCUCUGCUGCACCGACCUCGACGAUUUGCCUGUAUUUCACUUGUUUGCGGCCUAUAGAUUGGUGUGUCCAUUUAAUACAAGAAAAUGGAAACUGAACAGCCAGAGGAAACCUUCCCCAACACCGAAACCAAUGGUGAAUUUGGUAAGCGCCCUGCAGAAGAUAUGGAAGAGGAGCAAGCAUUUAAAAGAUCUAGAAACACUGAUGAGAUGGUUGAAUUACGAAUUCUGCUUCAGAGCAAGAAUGCUGGGGCAGUGAUUGGGAAAGGAGGCAAGAAUAUUAAGGCUCUCCGGACAGACUACAAUGCCAGUGUUUCAGUCCCAGACAGCAGUGGCCCCGAGCGCAUAUUGAGUAUCAGUGCUGAUAUUGAAACAAUUGGAGAAAUUCUGAAGAAAAUCAUCCCUACCUUGGAAGAGGGCCUGCAGUUGCCAUCACCCACUGCAACCAGCCAGCUCCCGCUCGAAUCUGAUGCUGUGGAAUGCUUAAAUUACCAACACUAUAAAGGAAGUGACUUUGACUGUGAGUUGAGACUGUUGAUUCAUCAGAGUCUGGCAGGAGGAAUUAUUGGGGUCAAAGGUGCUAAAAUCAAAGAACUUCGAGAGAACACUCAGACAACAAUCAAGCUUUUCCAGGAAUGCUGCCCUCAUUCCACUGACAGAGUUGUUCUUAUUGGAGGAAAGCCUGAUAGGGUGGUAGAGUGCAUAAAGAUCAUCCUUGAUCUUAUAUCUGAGUCUCCCAUCAAAGGACGUGCACAGCCUUAUGAUCCUAAUUUUUAUGAUGAAACAUAUGAUUAUGGUGGUUUUACAAUGAUGUUUGAUGACCGCCGUGGACGUCCAGUGGGAUUUCCCAUGCGGGGAAGAGGUGGUUUCGACAGAAUGCCACCUGGUAGGGGUGGGCGUCCCAUGCCUCCCUCUAGAAGAGAUUAUGAUGAUAUGAGCCCUCGUCGAGGACCUCCUCCUCCUCCCCCUGGUCGAGGUGGCCGGGGUGGGAGUAGAGCUCGGAAUCUUCCUCUUCCUCCACCACCACCACCUAGAGGAGGAGAUCUAAUGGCCUAUGACAGAAGAGGAAGACCUGGAGACCGCUAUGAUGGCAUGGUUGGUUUCAGUGCUGAUGAAACUUGGGACUCUGCAAUAGAUACCUGGAGCCCAUCAGAAUGGCAGAUGGCUUAUGAACCACAGGGUGGCUCUGGAUAUGAUUAUUCCUAUGCAGGGGGUCGUGGCUCAUAUGGUGAUCUUGGUGGACCUAUUAUUACAACACAAGUAACUAUUCCCAAAGAUUUGGCUGGAUCUAUUAUUGGCAAAGGUGGUCAGCGGAUUAAGCAAAUCCGUCAUGAGUCGGGAGCCUCCAUCAAAAUUGAUGAACCUUUAGAAGGAUCCGAAGAUCGGAUCAUUACCAUUACAGGAACACAGGACCAGAUACAGAAUGCACAGUAUUUGCUGCAGAACAGUGUGAAGCAGUAUGCAGAUGUUGAAGGAUUCUAAUGCAAGAUAUUUUUUCUUUUUUAUAGUGUGAAGCAGUAUUCUGGAAAGUUUUUCUAAGACUAGUGAAGAACUGAAGGAGUCCUGCAUCUUUUUUUUUUUAUCUGCUUCUGUUUAAAAAGCCAACAUUCCUCUGCUUCAUAGGUGUUCUGCAUUUGAGGUGUAGUGAAAUCUUUGCUGUUCACCAGAUGUAAUGUUUUAGUUCCUUACAAACAGGGUUGGGGGGGGGAAGGGCGUGCAAAAACUAACAUUGAAAUUUUGAAACAGCAGCAGAGUGAGUGAAUUUUAUUUUUUGUUCAUUGUUGGUGGUUUAAAAAAAAUCCCCCCAUGUAAUUAUUGUGAGCACCUUGCUUUGUGGUCACUGUAAACAUUUUGGGGGGUGGGACAGGGAGGAAAGUAACAAUAGUCCACAUGUCCCUGGCAUCUGUUCAGAGCAGUGUGCAGAAUGUAAUGCUCUUUUGUAAGAAACGUUUUAUGAUUUUUAAAAUAAAUUUAGUGAACCUA